GGGAAGCUCACUGGGCAAUGGCUGGGAGCCCUCCUCUCCUCCCUGGUGCUCAGUCCUUUAGCUCCUACCCUGGUUUUAUUCUAAGGGCUGGAGCCUGCAGCUCAAAGCACAAAGUCACUCAAUGCAAUGAACUUCUGGCUUGCAAACCGUGUGUGAUCCACCCUGCAGAGAGCCAGGCACUGCUUAAUCUGAACUUCAUUCUGCACCUCCUCCUCAUGCAGUCAACUUCUCUAAGCCUACUUAGACACCAGCAAUACUGCCCCAGGAAAUAAAGACUACUUCUUGACUUCCAUAGCUAUUGUCACAGAACACAACCAACAACUGCAUUUUAAUACCUCCGAUAAGCACGUCAACUUUUUGUUGCUGUUUGUCCUUGUCUGUGCUUGUUCUUCUGCUGGAGAUGGUUUGAUGGAGUGAACGUUCUAUGCAGAUUCAGACUCGCUGCAGCACCAGAUCGCUUGUUACUUAGUAUCGAAUCCCAUCUCCAAGGAUGCUGACUUGUCAAGUGAGGGCUGAGCUGUAGCUCUCUGUACUGCACCUGUUACAGGACUUUCUCUGGAGCAUCGCAAGAGACACAGAAAAUCCAUCAGGAUGAGUAAACCAGCAGGAUCAACAAGUCGGAUUCUGGACAUUCCUUGUAAAGUGUGUGGGGAUCGCAGUUCUGGUAAACAUUAUGGAGUGUAUGCUUGUGAUGGUUGUUCAGGAUUCUUCAAAAGAAGCAUAAGGAGAAACAGAACUUAUGUCUGCAAAUCUGGUAAUCAGGGAGGUUGUCCGGUCGACAAGACGCACAGGAAUCAGUGCAGAGCAUGCCGCCUAAAGAAGUGUUUGGAAGUCAAUAUGAAUAAAGAUGCUGUACAACAUGAAAGAGGGCCAAGAACAUCCACCAUCAGGAAGCAAGUGGCUUUGUACUUCAGAGGGCACAAAGAUGUAAAUGGAUCAGCACCUCACUUCCCAUCUACAGCUCUACCAACCCCUAACUUCUUCACCGCUGUGAGUCAACUAGAGCCACACACCCUGGAACUGGCCGCAGUAUCGACUACCCCCGAAAGACAGACACUGGUUGGACUGGCACAGCCUACCCCAAAGUAUCCACAUGAAGUGAAUGGAGCACCUAUUUAUCUAUAUGAGGUAGCUACUGAAUCGGUGUGUGAAUCGGCUGCCAGGCUUCUUUUCAUGAGCAUUAAAUGGGCAAAGAGUGUGCCUGCUUUCUCUACUCUGUCUCUCCCAGAUCAGCUGAUGCUUCUGGAAGAUGCAUGGAGAGAGCUAUUUGUUCUGGGAAUUUCACAAUGGGCCAUCCCGGUUGAUGCUAACACACUGCUGGCUGUUUCUGGAAUGAACAAUGAUAACACUGAUUCGCAGAAGUUGAAUAAGAUCAUCUCAGAAAUCCAGGCUUUACAAGAAGUGGUGGCCAGGUUUCGUCAGUUACGGCUCGACGCUACAGAAUUUGCCUGUCUCAAAUGCAUUGUCACUUUUAAAGCUGUUCCUACACAUAGUGGUUCUGAAUUGAGGACUAUCCAGAAUUCCACUGCAAUAGCAGCUUUACAAGACGAGGCUCAGCUCACUCUAAACAGCUAUAUACAUACCAGAUACCCUACACAGCCCUGCCGUUUUGGAAAACUUUUAUUGCUUCUGCCAGCUUUACGUUCCAUAAGCCCAUCUACCAUAGAAGAAGUAUUUUUCAAAAAAACUAUUGGAAAUGUUCCCAUCACACGGCUUCUGUCUGACAUGUAUAAAUCCAGUGACAUCUAACCCAUGGGUAUUGGCCCAUUGGAAAGGACUGUUCAGUGGGAGACCAGUCAGCAAAAAAAUAAAUAAAAGAGACCAAGAUUCUGGACAAUAAUCUCUUGUUAAAAAAACAUCAUAUUGAUGAAUAUGCUAUCCAGUUACAUUCUAGAGCACAAAAGAACUUGGUUUCAAAAGACAUUUCAUCUCAAAAUUGAAGUGUAAUUUAUAUGCGCUGUCUGCUUCUAUUUUCAAAAGUGCUGUUAAAAGAUGUCACAUAGUGUACAUAAAUAUAAAAACACAUAAAGGAUCACUAUAGUGUCAGAAAUCUAUUCCUGGCACUAUAGUGUUGGUGUGGCUGUUUAGGCCACCGGCCCCCAUUGCUCUGCGGCGAGAAGGUGAGUUUACUCACCUUUUUUCCCCACGUUGUGCCGGUCUCACCGCGGCUGGCUUUGCCUGGUCCCGCCUCUAUGGCCUGAUGAUCUUGAUGAUCUCAGCCAAUCAAAUGCUUUCCUGUAGGAAAGCAU